GUGUUCCUUUAACCACCUCCCGCCCACCAUUGAUCAUCAGAGCACUGAUGAUCAGUGUGCCCUGAUGAUCAGUGUAGCCCAGCAGUGCCACCUGUCAGUGUCCAUCAGUGCCAGCUGUCAGUGCUCAUCAGUGCCAUGUGCCAGUGCCCAUCAGUGCCACAUCAAUGCCACAUUUCAGUGCCUACCAGUGCACAUCAAUGCCACAUAUCAGUGCCCAUCUGAGCUGCCUUUCAGUGCCACCCAUCAGUGCCAGUCAGUGCCACCUAUCAAUGUCAAUCAGUGCCACCUAUCAGUGUUGCCAAUCAGUGGCACCUAUCAGUACCAGUCAGUGCCGCCUAUCAGUGCGCAUCAGUGCCGCCUAUCAGUGCCGCCUAUCAGUGCCAUUCAGUGCCGCCUAACAGUG